AUGUUCAAAAAGUUCUCUCCCGCGGCCGACAUCUCGGGUCAAGUCUCGGUCAAGUCCUCCGUCCAGCGCAACAUCCGCUCCACCAUUCUCGCCCAAUGGCUCGUCUCCCCGGAGACGUUUGAGCAGAUCUGGCCAAAGAAGGAGUCUCUUACCCUCGUCAAGUGCAGAGAGCACAUCUCGAUCUAUACGCUGCACGGCGAGCCGCUCUUCUUCCAACACUUCGAUGGCCCCUUCUUCCCCACCCUCCGCCUCCUCCACAAGUAUCCCACCGUGCUCCCCAUGGUGCGCGUCGACCGUGGCGCAAUCCGCUUCCUGCUCGCUGGCGCCCACAUGAUGUGCCCCGGCCUCACUUCCGCAGGCGGAUACCUUCCUCCACCCGACGCGGCCCUGUCCGCAAACGCUCCGGUGGCUAUUCACGCCGAGGGCAAGGAGCAUGCGGCCGCGAUUGGGAUCACGAAGCUCGGCUCGGAGGAGAUGCGCAAGGUGAACAAGGACGUCGGGGUCGAGACAGUGACGUACCUGGGCGACGACCUCUGGAAGCUCGAGACGCUCUAG